CCGGCGGGCCCCGCCGCCCGCCCGCCCAUGCCGCGGAAAGCGCUGCGCUGUGUCCUGCAGCUGGAGCUGCGCUCGAUAACUUGUCCUGGAGUGCUGCUGAAAGACAAAGAGGAACUUUAUCUCAGCGUCUUUGUACUUGGGCAGUGUAAAAAAACUCAGUGUGUCCCUGCGGUGUUUCCACUCUUCUUUCAAGAAAAACUAGUAUUUGAAAAGGAAUUUGCUAAUAUAGUUGAUCCUGGAGACCUUGUGAAAUUACUGGAAUUUGACACAGCAGUACUUGAACUAAUACAGCUCGUUCCUCCAGUAGGAAGAAUUCUAGCUACGUAUGAAGAAAAUACAAGAGAUUUCCUGUUCCCUGACCCUAAGCUUACCCGUGGGCACCGUGGUUUAGAGCGUGAGAUUUUAAUGAAGAGGUCCUCUUCUUUUACAGGAAUUGCACCAAAACUGAGAUUUUCUACAAUCUCCCUUAUUGCAGAAAGUCUGUUAAGCUCAGGAAGGAGUCACAUACAGGCUGGUCUGAAUGGGGUGCAUCGUUCAACCCCAAAUGGAAAACUGCACACAAAGGUGCUGAAGAAAAACACUCUCUCACCCGAGAAAAGCAGGCACAGCUCGGCAUCAAAGAACUACGAGCAGCCCACAAUAGCUUCGAAAUCACGCUCUCCGUCCCCGUACACCAGAAGACGGAUGUGUGAGCUCUCAGAAGAAGCCAGGCAGCGCCUGGCCCAUUUAAACCUGGGUCCUCACGAGUUCAGAAGAGAAACCGAUAAACCUCCGUUCGUAGUUAGACGGGUUGAACAAAGAAGUCCUGGUGUUAAACUUCAUACCUGGUGUUCCAUGCGCGAAAGCGCAGCGGGAUCCUGGGCCAAGGCAGACCAUGAUCCUUCUCUUCUCGGCAGCUACAGACCCAAGAAAGCUGAAGUCACAUUAUCACCCCCAUCCCUCUGCCCCUCCCCACCUCCUUUGCCAUCCAGUGGGAAAGUAGAUUGUAGGAGCAGUCAUUGGAGAAUGCAGAAGAUAGCUGAGCUACAGGCAAAAUCUGCUCGUAGAAAAGACUUGGACGGUUGUGUUGUUUGCAAUGAGGAUGAGCUCUCAGGUCCACCCAACAGACAGUCCCAUUCUGCUGGUUCAUUAGAGCGUUCAGCACCUCCUGCAUUUCAGGAGCAUUCCCCGAGUUCUGUGCUGCAUCGGUCUUCUCUAAGGGAAAGGUUUAGCUCUGGUUGGCCUUCACCAGCAAAUGGAGAUGAGAUCCAUAAAAGAGUGAAAAAUAUUUUAAGGACACACAGUGCUAGGCAGCGCCUAAUAUUUGAUGAGAGUAACUCAUCAAAAGGAGACGUGACUAAGACAAGAGAAUCUUCACAUAAUGCACCCUUAUCCAUGAGUGAACUGCAGAGCAGUUCACCAGUGCAGCAGAACGCUCCUGUUCACUUGGAUAAUGGUGAAUACUGGUCCAGUCGUGCAGCUGUGUACAAAGACAAGCCUCACAGAGCGAUCUUUGAAGAGAGCCUCGGAAAAAUAUACAAAAACAUGUACCAAAAAGUUGCUGGCACUGUUUCAGACCAAAAAACACAUUCCUGAUAGCAACUCACCUGAAAAUGCACAGUACGCAGUGUUCACAUUUGUAACUAAACCUAUUUUUAUAUAAGAAUAUUUUUACUCUAUUUUUAAGGUGCCAUUAUGGUUGGGCAUAUGGUUGGAAAAAUGGGGUUUUGGCCUGUGUUGACAUUAACAUCCACCCCCCAAAACAAAGGAACAAAAAAUCAAGCCCCUCUAUGGUUAAGCAAGAUGGUAUUGUUCCUUUGAGACUAUGAAAACAGAGUCAUUUGAAGAUUAAUAGGUCUGCUGGACAUUCCUGUCUGACAUCAACUCAGGUUUCAGCUGCAGCCAGUUCUUAUUAAAUAACUAAAACUAUUUAGUAACAUAAACAGAAUUGAUUGAAGAAACAACCAAUGCUAGUGGUCAGAGAGGGGGUCUAAAGGGGAGGGUGAAUGUGAGUGGUGUUUUAAAAGCGACCCAUGUGGGACAAAGGGAAUUGUGUUCUAGAAGAUUGCCUUUGAAUUGUUUAUUUUGGAGAAGGGCAGAAACGCUGGUACUGUAGGACCUAAAGGCAUGUUUUUGAAGUGGUUUCAAGCACCUUUAGCAACAAAUAUUCUAAUACUGUGAAAUUUUAAAAGAAACCCACCCAGCCCAGCAGUCUUUGUAUCAGAUGAAAGGUCAUCUUCACACACCCUUUGCAUUUGAAAGUUUCCAGGUUGUCCUGAAUGCAGCCAUGACAUUUGCCAAUUUACCUGUAAUUUUAAAAAUUAUGAAUAACAAAGGAGUGUGCAGGGGGAAAGACUAGAGCUAGUGAGCAAGCUACUUGUGUUCUGUACAGGCCUUCUGAAAUUCCUGCAUCACAAUCCCACCUAAUUUGGAGCCUGUCCUUCCCAGUCUGCUGGGAUCCUGUUGGCAGAAAUCGCUUCGUUUUUGCUAAAGGCCACCAAAUGUUCAUCAGCAGUUCGAUGCUUUCCCUGGGGAUGGAACCUUUUCAGCCUUGCAUUGAGCAGAUCCCACAUUAGCAGACCAGGGCAAAUUGCCCAUCUCUUGAAAAGCAGAAUGUUUUAAAAGGGCAAGAGUGUCCAUCUCCCGCUUCCUUUCAGAAUGGGGGAAAAAACAAAUGCCUGUUCUGGCUCCUUCCCUGUCUGAGCGAACAGAUUCAGUUUCUCCGAUGCCAUUUUACCUGUUUGAUUGGAUAAAGGAUAAAGCUGGGAGUACAGAUGGCAGAACAUAUGACUGUAACCUGCCAGCAUGCCUAGAUAAACAAAAAGUUGGUCUACUCUGCCUUCCGUCCUUUAAUGCUGAGACAACAUAAUUGAUUUGAGAAAGCAGUUGGUGAGCAAUUAUGCUGGUGGGAAGGCACGUUGAAAGGCUGUGUGCUUCUGUUUCAGGAAAGGGGACUCUCAGAGGAAGUGUCUCACAUAUAGACAUUUCUAUUCCUUGUAACUGUUAAAGCAGUUGAAGUGGAUUAACACUGAUAACUUCCUGUCCCUGAUGCCAUCUAGCACAUUAGUGCUUUCAAAGGGCAUUAGUUGCACAGUCUUAUGCUGUGGAGAAGUGUGGAGUCAUUCUAUGAAGUGAAAAGUAAAACUUCCCCAAGCUGUGCCCCUGGUGGCCAUGGAGUGUUGUUCUACCAGUACCUGGUGUUCAUGGGCCUAUUCCUGUGAUCCCCUAUUGGUCCAUAAAGGAAUAGUUUUCUUGCUGUUCAGGAAAGGUAUAUUGAAAUGGAUCCUAAACAGGUAGGGCAGAUUCUGAGAGAUACUUUCCAAGCUUUUGGUUUAAAAGUAAUCUAUUAAAAUCUAAAGGUUGUUGCAGUUUCCUGUUUGUGUUUGAGCUGUAAUAUUCAGUGUUAGUCUUAUGGUAUCCUGCAGUUUGAUUCAAUAUUCUCUGUGUAUUCCCUUCCCAGUCUCACAGUCAAGUAGAAGUUACAGUCUUCUGAAGAUUGGCUGCUCCCCUUUGACCUAAUCUAGUUCUGUGACAUAGAAAACCUGUUCGAUUUUUCCUUCCCCAGUAAUCCAUCAGAUUUUAGUCCCUGUUUGUUUGAUGUGCAAGAAAACCUGAAUGCUGAAGCUUUGUUUUGGGGGUUUUUUUUGUAUGGAUGAGUAAGGACACAGGUUGCCAUGAAUUCGAGACAUAAGGAGGAGAUGAGGAAGGUUGGAGGCCACUGCGAAAAAGCAGAGUAGUGUUCUCAAGGGGUCCAUAGGAGAAUCUGGGGUGUAUCUGUUUAAUUCCCCUAACUAAAGAAAGGAAGCAUAUAGUAAUAUGUCAACUUUCGGUUUUCAUCAAAGAUGAAAACAUUUUCAGCAAAG